GUUAUGUUAAUGGCAUUUUUAUUUCUGUGAUUCUCCUAACAGAUGGUGAAGCGGGCAAUGCUGCUGGGCUCCCUGAACUUCAGCCCACUGGUGAUUUCUAUGGAGACACAAUCAUCUUGAGAAACAUUGCUCCUCUGACCACGGUGGACACCAUUUUGACAGCGCUGGCGCCAUACGCCAAUUUGUCAGCCAAUAACAUUCGCCUUAUUAAGGACAAGCAAACAGGCCAGAACAGAGGCUUUGCUUUUGUUCAGCUGUCCUCCCCUCUGGAAGCUUCCCAGCUGCUAACCAUCUUACAAGGUUUGCAACCUCCACUGAAAAUGGAUGGGAAAACAAUCGGGGUGGAUUAUGCUAAGAGUGCUAGAAAGGACCUCUUAUUGCCUGAUGGGAAUCGUGUCAGUGCUUUUUCUGUGGCCAGCACAGCCAUUGCAGCAGCACAGUGGUCAUCAGCUCAGCCACAGCAGAGCUCAGACGGGAUGUCAGAGUAUGCCUGUCUGCAGGAAAGUUACGCUCCUCUGUCACAGGACUACCAGACAUAUUAUCAUCAAGGAACAGCAGCCAGUACUUGUCAGGGAAAUGGAAUCCUAGGAGCUGCUCCGGGUGUAAAGCUGGUUCCUGCUGCCGUUGUGAUAUCGCAGAGUCCACAAGUCUACCAACCACAUAUCAUUGCGCCACCUGCUGUACAGGCGUUGCCUCUUGCUCAGCAACUGGAGGCAAAACCUCAGCCAGGACUUGCAGCUGUUGAAUCUGUAGCUCUGCCUGCUUUGGCUGUAGCUGCUGCCCAGGUUAAUGGAGCCAGUGCAGUACCAGCUGCUGGACCGGCGGCGGAGUCCACCAGUGGUUCUCUUCCUGAUACAUCUACCUAUCAAUAUGAUGAGUCCUCUGGCUACUAUUACGACCCUCAGACUGGCCUCUACUACGACCCAAAUUCACAAUAUUAUUACAACACUCAGACUCAGCAGUACCUGUACUGGGAUAGUGAGAAACAGACAUAUGUACCGGCCUCUGGCAACAUAAACGCUGGGCAGAAUGAUAAAACAGCAAAUGGCUCAGCGGGAGGCAACAAGGAGCCUAAAGAGAAAAAAGAGAAACCAAAGAGCAAGACUGCACAGCAGAUUGCUAAAGACAUGGAACGGUGGGCUAAAAGCCUCAAUAAGCAGAAAGAAAACUUCAAAAGUAGCUUUCAGCCCAUCAGUCAAGAAGAGAGGAAGGAGGCAGCAGCAGCUGAUGCUGGAUACACGUUGUUUGAGAAGAAGCAGGCAGGUCUAGACAGACUCAUGCAAGAGGUUGCGAGGUGCGCUGAAGAGGAAGCACUUCCUAUAAACUCUGCCAGUUCUUCCAAGUGUGGCCUGGUGGCAGCCUACAGUGGAGACAGUGACCCUGAGGAAGGAGUCGGAGGAGGAGAAUCCGAUGGCGGUGACCUGAGUCUGGACAAACUGACAGACUGGAAGAAGAUGGCCUGUCUGCUGUGUAGGAGACAGUUCCCCAACAAAGAGGGUUUAGUGAGACAUCAGCAGCUCUCUGACCUUCACAAGAAAAACCUUGAAGUUCUCCGCAGAUCUAAAAUGAGUGAAGCAGAGCUGGAAGAGUUGGAAAGGAAAGAAACAGAGCAAAAAUACAGGGACAGAGCAGCUGAGAGAAGAGAAAAAUACGGCAUUCCAGAACCACCAGUGCCUAAAAAGAAGAAAUUCAACCAGCCAGCACCAGUCGUAAACUAUGAGCAGCCCACUAAAGAUGGCCUUACCAGUGAUAAUAUUGGGAAUAAGAUGCUGCAAGCGAUGGGCUGGAAGGAGGGGAAAGGUCUUGGUCGCAACCAGCAGGGCAUCACCGCUCCGAUAGAGGCACAGUUGAGAACUAAAGGAGCUGGACUUGGCACCAAGGGAACCAACUACACCCUGUCUGCUUCAGAUACAUACAAAGACGCAGUCCGGAAAGCAAUGUUUGCCCGCUUCACAGAAUUGGAAUGAGUCGUUUUCUAACUUGAUUGCGUUGGUGUGAUCUGUGAAAUAUCAGCUAAACUAUCGCAGAGGAGAAAACGGACUCAUGUUGAAUAAAUCCACUCUGUUUGACGCAUAAUGGUUUACUUACUGUCACAAAAUGGACCACCAGAGAUUUGUUAGUUACCUGAGGUUGUAAAGGAUCUAAUUUAUAAAUUGUACAUAUGCAUAAUGAGUUGUCUUUGUUGUUUUACAUUGCUGUUUGUUUUUUUUAUUUUAUUUUAUUUUAUUAGAUUUAAGUUUGUCUUUGCAUGACUGUACAGUUUAUAUGAGAUCUUGUCAAAUGUAAAGAAAAUAAAAGAUGAGAUUAAAGUUGGGAUCAUUACAUAA